UGGCGAUUGUGACGAGAAGAUGAGCCAGCCCCGCAUCCUGCUUCUUGGCGACUCGAUCACGCAGCAAGCGUCCGACCCCGCGAUCGGCGGCUUCCAGACGCUUCUCGAGGCCGACUACAUUCGCCGCGCAGACAUCAUCAACCGCGGCCUCAGCGGCUACAACACGAGAUGGUUCUUGGACUAUUUGCCGCAGAUUGUGGCAGAGUUCACGCACCAGCGCGCGCCGUCUCUCAUCACGCUCUUCCUCGGCGCCAACGACGCAGAUCUGCCGUCGGGCAUCCAGCACGUCCCUCUCGCCCAGUACGAAGCCAACACCAAGACGAUUAUCACGGCGCUGCGCGCCGCUUUCCCCGACGCCGCGUUCAUCUUGCUGACGCCGCCGCCCAUUGGCGACAACGAACUCUACGGGCGCAACAAUGCGACCGCGGGCAACUACGCAGCAGCGUGUGUGCGCGCCGCCACGGCGCUGGGUGUCGCCGCCAUCGAUCUCUGGACGUCCAUGCAAUCGGAGCGCGAGAGCUACCUCAGCGACGGGCUGCAUCUCAACGCCAAGGGCAACCGGUUCGUGUACGAGGCGCUAACGGCUACGAUUGCAGCGCAGCUCCCGGCGCUCCAGCCUAACGCGAUCCCAUACUUGUAUCCCGAGUGGACGGCGCUCGUCGAGAAGGACAUCAAUGCGACCAAAGGGGCGUAA